AUGGGCGGAACAAGUGUCACGAACGCGAUCCCUGGGUUUUACUACUUCGCCUUCGGCAUAUUCGAGCCCGUGCUCGCCCUGGCCAUCUUCAUUGGUAUUGUCGCGGAUCCACUCAAGAUCCAUAACCAACAAGGCCCUUGGCGAGUUGACCCUCCGGCUGAGCUAUCGACCGCCACACGUAUCAGCGUUCUCCAGUUGUCCUAUCUCAGCGCGGUCGUCGGCCUUACGAACAUCUUCGUCAUACACGCUGCGCGCAAACAUCUCGCAUCAAACCUGCCGUUGCAGGAGACCAUUAUCAAAGCCCUACUUUGGCCUCUGUUGUUCGGCGAUGUGGCCCAUUUCAGCCUCACGACCUACGCUCUGAUCGGAGAUGGUUGGGAUAUCGCCGAGUGGCCAUCCCUGGUUUGGGUCGGUUGUGGAAUCGGGCUCUACUUGUUUGUUGCGCGAGUCGCUUGGUUUGCUGGUGUAGGGCGGUAUGUUGAGAAGCGGGAUGGGAAGCACAAACGCGCCUGAAGGUUGGAUUAGAGUAAGGCAUUGCAAUGUAAUUCUUUGUCUGCAUGUUGAAGAGAUACCGCACGAAAGGCUCUUG